CCAGGCGCCAUCUUUGACGCUGGCAGUCUUGGAUUUCUGCUGGUGCUGCUCCUGUGAGGACGGCGGGCGGCAGCGGCUAAGAAAGAAGAAAGACGUGGCAGCAAGCGGGAGUCGGGGACAGUGUCGGCGGUUCGGUAAAGUUUCUGUUCUCUGGGUCCCACUACUUGGGAGAUAUUCUCAAACUCCACAUACUGAAAGCCACCGACCUUAAUCCGGUAUCCUACACCCCUUCCCUACUUUAAUUAACUCCCACCCCAGCCCUCCGCAUCGGAGUCAAGAACAACAGGGACACUUCCGUUCUCCUUGUAGGAUUGAUGAAACCGUAAUGAAGAACACCCCCUAAAGCCCCAUAAUCGGUGCGGAUUCCUAUGGGGAAGGCCCAUGUUGUUGACAUCUUGCAGGCCUUGGUUCUGGACCUUGAGAAGGAGGCUGUGGAACUAGUGAUAGCGAUGCUUUUUAGGAUUUGGGGAUAUUCCCUGCCCAAAAAUUUCCUGGAAAAUUGACUAGUAUUAAGUGCGUAAUAGAUUGGAACUCAGUGAAGACACAGAGGUUCCUGUUGAGAGCAACCAGCUAAUGAUUGCAUUUUAAAGACGAUUUCUCUGAUUGAGUUGUCUUUUGGAAGAUUAAACCCAUUUCAAGAGGACUUGGAGCUGGUCCUCGCCUUGAGGAAGCAGUGGCUUGUUUUCAAGAAGCCACUUCCGAUCUAAGGAUCUACCCAGCAUGCCUAAUCAAGGAGAAGACUGCUAUUUUUUUUUCUAUUCUACAUGUACCAAAGGUGACAGCUGUCCCUUCCGUCACUGUGAAGCUGCACUAGGAAAUGAAACUGUUUGCACAUUAUGGCAAGAGGGGCGCUGCUUUCGGCAGGUGUGCAGGUUUCGGCACAUGGAGAUUGAUAAAAAACGUAGUGAGAUUCCUUGUUACUGGGAAAAUCAGCCAGUGGGAUGUCAGAAACUAAACUGCGCUUUCCAUCACAAUAGAGGACGUUAUGUUGAUGGCCUUUUCCUACCUCCAAGCAAAACUGUGUUGCCCACUGUGCCUGAGUCACCAGAAGAGGAAGUGAAGGCUAACCAGCUCACAGUUCAACAGAACAAAUUGUCUGUCCAGUCUAAUCCCUCCCCUCAGCUGCGAAGUGUUAUGAAAGUAGAAAGUUCGGAAAAUGUUCCUAGCCCCACCCAUCCACCAGUUGUAAUCAAUGCUGCAGAUGAUGAUGAAGAUGAUGAUGAUCAGUUUUCUGAGGAAGGUGAUGAAACCAAAACACCCAUCCUGCAACCACCUCCUGAAGUUCAUAAUGGAUUACGGACAGCCUCUGCCCGGAAACCUGGGGUCAAUUUGAAGCAAGGUGAAUGUUUGAAUUUUGGAAUAAAAACUCUUGAGGAAAUUAAGUCAAAGAAAAUGAAGGAAAAAUCCAAGAAGCAAGGUGAAGGUUCUUCCGGAGUUUCCAGUCUUUUACUCCAACCUCAGCCCAUUCCAGGUCCUGAAAAAGAGAAUGUUCGGACUGUAGUGAGGACAGUAACUCUUUCCAGCAAACAAGGAGAAGAACCCUUGGUAAGAUUGAGUCUCACUGAGAGACUGGGAAAAAGAAAAUUUUCAGUAGGUGGUGACAGUGAUCCUCCAUUAAAGCGUAGCCUUGCACAGAGGUUGGGGAAGAAAGUGGAAGCUACAGAAACUAACACUGACAAAGCACCAAAGAAAGUUCAUGUUUCCAAGUCUCUGAAGGAGCGAUUAGGCAUGUCAGCUGGUCCCAACAGUGAGGAGGCAGCAGAGAGAGUCACUAAAGUUGGUGAGAUCCAUGUGAAGACAUUAGAAGAAAUUCUUCUUGAAAAAGCUAGUCAGAAACGUGGAGAAUUGCAACCUAAACUCAAGACAGAAGGACCUUCAAAAGUUGAUGAUUCUACUUUAGGAACAAGAAGCCCGUCCACUAUCCGAAUCAAAACUUUCUCUGAGGUCCUGGCUGAAAAGAAACAUCGGCAGCAGGAAGCAGAGAGGCAAAAAAGCAAAAAGGAUGUAACUUGCAUCAAGCUAAAGACAGAUAGUGAAAUUAAAAAAACAGUGGUUCUGCCACCUAUAGUUACCAGCAAAGGACAAUCAGAGGAGCCCGCAGGUAGAACAAAGUCUAUGCAGGAGGUGCACAUCAAGACACUGGAGGAAAUUAAACAGGAGAAGGCACUGCGGGUACAGCAGAGCUCUGAGAGCAGCACCAGCUCCCAGCCUCAGCUUGAGGCUGCCCCAGGGGCAAGGCGGCUUCUCCGAAUCACAAAAAAACCAGGUGUAAAAGAAGAGAAGAAACUUCAAGAAGGAAGUGACGUUGCUUCCCAGAGCAGUGUUAUUAGAACAGAGGCUAAAGAGGCUUCAGAAGAGACCACAGGAAUUGGCAUCACCAAAAUUCAAGUCAAGAGGUGUGAGACCAUGAGAGAGAAGCACAUGCAGAAACAGCUGGAGAGGGGCACCUCACAGAAGGAAAAAUCAGUUUUGACACCCCUCCGGGGAGACGUAGACUCUUACAAUACUCAGAUAGCAGAGAAGCCGGUGCUCACUACAGUGCCAGGCCUCACACGGCACCUGACCAAGCGGCUUCCCACAAAGCCAUCCCAAAAGGCAGAGGUAGAAACCUCAGGCAUUGGAGACUCAAUACUGAAUGUGAAAUGUGCAGCACAGACCUUGGAAAAAAGGGGUAAAGCUAAACCCAAAGUCAAUGUGAAGCCAUCUGUGGUUAAAGUUGUCUCAUCCCCCAAAUUGGCUCCCAAACGCAAGGCAGUGGAGGCCCACCCUGCUGUCAUUGCAGCUGUGAAGCCACUCAGCUCAAGCAGUGUCCUACAGGAAAGCCCCACCAAAAAAGCAGCUGUGGCGGUUGUCCCACUCCUUUCUGAGGACAGGUCAGUCACUGUGCCUGAGAUGGAAAAACCUAGAGACAGUCUUGUGCUGCCUCCAACCCAGUCCUCUUCAGAUUCCUCCCCACCAGAAGUAUCUGGCCCUUCUUCAUCUCAGAUGGCCACGAAAACUCGCCGACUCAGCUCCACCUCAACAGGAAAGCCCCCGCUUUCUGUGGAGGAUGAUUUUGAGAAACUAAUAUGGGAGAUUUCAGGAGGCAAAUUAGAAGCUGAGAUCGACUUGGAUCCUGGGAAGGAUGAAGAUGACCUUCUGCUUGAGCUAUCAGAGAUGAUUGAUAGCUGAAGGCAGUAGAACAUUUAAAAAAAAAAAAAACAAAAACUGGACUUAGUUUCAUCUAUUAUAACAUUUACCCAAGAUGAUCAUUUCUUUAGUCUAGAAUUUGCCCCCAAUCAGACGUAUACCUCUGAAUUACCUGUAUGUGUCCUGGAUUCCUUGGGGUCAGAUUCUUAAAGUCCCUUGAUAACCAUUUUGUCCAUUCGAUACCAUGGUUUAGCAUCUAUGAGAAAAAUGUUCUUACACCUCCCCACAGAAAAACUGAGAGGGAGAACCAAGUCAAAGGGUGCAAGAGAACUUAGUGACUCCUUGAGGUGUUUGUCAGUUUGGGCUUUUUUCCUCUUUGCUGUAGUAUUUCUUUUAUGUAUUGUCUUAAUGUACUUAUUAAUGUAACCUGAGUUUGAAAAGGAUGAAGACCAGCUGCUGCCAGUGAGGACCAAAUUUCACACUACCACUAAACAAAAGAUCCACUCUGUCUGCGUUAAAUUGUAUGUCUUUUUAAAGGUAUUUGGAGAUUCAACUAAGCUUUAGAGAAGGCUGAGCAGCUCUGGAAGCUUGUAAUCUGGACAUAACUUUUCAACCUGAUUUCCAUGCUUCUGCUGCUCUGUCAGCCUCUGAAGAGCAAUAGCUAAUUUAUUAUUACUGUAAUUUUUUAAGGCUUUAAAGUGCCUCAGGGGUCCUCUGAAACUAAUUUUCUAUUUCUGGGAUUCCCUGGAUUCUUAAUAAGAGAUGGUGACAUAAUGAUUAGAGGAAUUCUUUUUUUAGCAUGAAAGUUGUCCUUUCUCUUCUUCAGUACUUGCCUCCUACUGGCAUUGAAUUCUCACAGGGAUUAAAAUUGGUUAAUUUUUUAUUUCUAACUCUCCCAGCAAACUCCUCUUGCCCAGUUAUUUAUUUGGUGCCCUUUAACCACCAGAGGGGAAAAAAUGAGCUCCUCCAAGCUGCCGAUAUUUAUCUGUGGACUGGAGCAGCCCACCCAAUGGUACUGUAGCAGGGAUGACCGAGACGCUCUGGGGGUGUAUUGUAUACCUUCCAGUUUUCUUCAUGUCUGAAUUGAAUUCUCUUUUCUUGAUGUCAGUCUCCUGCAUAUCACCUCAAGGUUUAGACUUGUGAAGGAACAAGUAUGAUGGGGAUACGAGUCUUGAAAGGAGACCUAUUGUACAUAAUCAGAAGGAAGAGGAAAAAAGGACUUGUCCGUUUUGAUACUUUGCUGUAGGUGGCCAGUUUUGUUCCUCAUAGGGAAAUCUGAUCCACCUGUCGUGUUGGCUCCUAAGGAACUGCUGUUGUAAGCGGCUCAUCAAGAGUUGAACCUCAUGUAGCCUUGUUGGGAAUAUGGAAAAGGAAGAAAGCCACAGGACUGCCCAUUCAGUCUUGGGAAGAUCUGGAUGAUUCUGCACACAAGCAAAAAUGACUUGAAAUUUAUGUACAGACACCUCUCUACCAAUCCAUCUUCAGCUGACUGAAUGUUGUAUAAUAGCCCUUCUCCAAAGCAGGGGUGGAAUGUUCUGGUUUCACCACAGAUUUUCUACUCAUUUCAUUUUUGGAAUCAGCUUAAAGAUUCCAGGUCCCUUUUGUAUAUAACCUUUAUUCUUUUUCUUUUUUAAAAAUAAUUUUGUUUCAUAUUUAAAGUCCUUGUAUUAGUCAAUGAUUCAUGUUCAGCAUUAUUUGAACCAUUUGCCAUUACAAGAAAGAGAAAUACUUAUUUGUGUUUUAAAUAAAACUGGUGUAGGAAAGUCUGGA